UCACCUGCUAGAUAUUGUAUUAAAUUGUCAUACAUAGAUUAGAAUCAUUGUGAAAUUUAUCUUACUUUUGUCUGAAGAUGUAAGAUAAAUGAAGGCUUUAUAUUCACACAAGAGAAAUUUAUUUGUUCAACAAGCUUCAGCCAUUUUACAAAACCUAAGGCCACUUUUGGAAGGAACUCAAAAUGGUGAAAAUAAAUUGGGGCUACAAAUCAGCAAGUCUGAUCAACAAGAAAAUGGAACUAGGUUUAAUGCUGAGGAAGACGACUCAGGUGAAGAUGUUGCCCCAGAGCAUAAACCUCUAGACAAGGCCACAUUUGAAGCAAUAGUAGCAGGGGAUGAGGGGGGAGGAAGUGUGCUGGCCGAGAUGUUGAGUGGCAGUCGGAGUUCGUAUGAUGAGAUUCAGGAUGAUCCAAACACCCAGACGACAGAGACUGAGUCAGACUCAAUCACCCAGACAAAUACUGAGUCUGAGUCCUUUGAAAAUGAGGCUCAUGAGGGGAAGAAAGGUUACCUGGAUGUUCAUUAUUGUGUGCCCCACAUAGCUGUCUCAAUUAUUGAUGAAUAGCAUGGAUGUUGUUUUGUUGUAUACACUGUAUCUAUUGUUUUAAUGACCUUAUUCUCUCACAUUGAUUCGAGGUUUAGUUAUUGUUGUUUUCAUUUGAUCUAAGCUUAUUUGCUUCAUAUCUUUCAUU